AUGAAGGAAUAUGAUAUUGGAGAGUCUUGGACCAAGUUGGUUGUCAUACCAUUUGUGGCGCCUCCAUUGGUUUAUCCUUACUCCAUAUCAUUGUGCAUUUUGAACAAUGGUGAAGUUUUACUGUAUACGUACAGACAUUUAGUUCCUUACAAACCAAAAGAUGUCACAUUUAUUUAUCCUAUGAUUCGCAAUUGUUGGAUGGGAUUUGUUGUCUACGUCUACACCUACGUUGAGAGCCAAGUGUUGCGUGACAUUGAUGUUGACAAUGUGUUCACUGUACUGUUCCCGCAUACUGUUCACCGCGCACUGUUCACGGUUACUGUUCAUCGCACUGUUCACGAUUACUGUUCAUCGCGACUGUUCACGGGGGUACUGUUCACCGACGUUACUGUUCACCGAGUACUGUUCACCUACGUUACUGUUCAUCACCUUACAAUUACUGUUCAUCCCUGUUUCGGCGACCAUCUUCAUGCACUGGCAUGCAUCACCAGGCCCUGUUUUCUCGUUUUUGCAAUUUCUGUUGAUGUUUCUCUCAUUCUGCCUGGUGACCGGUUCGAUUUAUUGGUUGUUACCCUUCCAUUGUUCGGUAGAAUGUCUGAGAAGAAGGAUUCUGAUUCUGGUACUGUUUCUAGCUCUAAUUCUACUAUUGUUGGUAGCGUAUCAAGUGGUUCUUGGUCUCGCGAGAGGCGCCCUAUUACCUCCACACCAUUAAAUGGGGGCAAUUAUGUUCUUUGGGCUAAAGCUGUUGAGGUGUAUUAUAUGGGUCAGUCUGAGGACUCUUUUUUGACUGAUGAGCCUCCUGCUACUGCUGAACCUACAUAUAGGGCAUGGAAAGCUGUUGAUGCCCGUGUUCGUUCAGAAUUAUGGAAUAGUAUGACGGAACAGGUUGCUAGUACGCUGAUGUUCUGUGAUACAGCUAGAGAGGUGUGGACACAGGCACAGGAGUUGUAUUCAGGUGUCGACAAUCUCCGUCGCACAUAUGAUCUUCAUCAGUCUUUCUUUAAUAUAUCUCAGGGUGAUGAUUCUUUUGAGGAAUAUUAUGCUAAGUUUCGGCGCAUUUGUAAUGAAUUGGAUAUAUGUGAGCCACUUACUGCUGAUAUUCAGGUUAUACGGCGCCAGCGUGAACGUAUGAGGGUUACUCGUUUUUUAUCCGGUGCAUCAUCCACUUUUGGCCCUGUGGGUAAUCAGAUUUUGGGAAAUCGUGACUUACCUCCGCUCAGCGAGGUAUUCAGUCGUCUCCGACAGUCAUCGUCUAUUUCUGCACCGACUUCUGGUCGUUCUGCUUUGUCUUCCGCUAUUUCUGACAGCUCUGCUUUGUCUGUCAGCCAUGGUCGCGGUCGCAGUCGUGAUUCUGGAUUUAGUAGUCGUGGCCGCGAUUAUGGGGUGAGUGGUCGUGGCUUUGGUGGCCGUGAUUCUGGGUUUGGAGGCCGUAGUCGUGAUUCUGGAGGCCGUAGUUUUGGUCGUGGUCGUGGCUUUGGUGGCCGUGACUCUGGUUUUGAUAAUCGUGGGGGUCGCAUAUCAGGGGGAGGUGGCCGCGGUCGCGGCCGUGAUUCAAGAUUUUGCACUCAUUGUUGGGGAACAAAUCAUACGGUGGAGUUCUGUUAUAACCUUCACGGCUUUCCCCAGGCUUAUCAGGCUACUAUCUCUCAGGAUACUGAACAGUUUACUCAAUCCUCUGCCGAUGUGGCUAUUUCAGCCGAGGAGUACCAACGUUUUUUGUCAUUUCAGGCUGCGACAGGAUCCUCUACUGCUACGCUCGCUCAGACCGGUUCAUCCGUUGCUUGUGUUGCCUCCUCUUCUUCCUCUCCUUGGGUUAUUGACUCAGGAGCCACAGAUCAUAUGACUGGAUCUCAAGACGGGGAGGAAGAUUGGUGGGGGCAUUGAGCGAGGUGGCUUAUAUUACUUGACUGUUUCUCAGCCUGUAGCUCUUCAGACAUCAGAGUCUCCAUACCAACAGCACUGUCGUCUUGGUCAUCCCUCUCUUCAGAGUUUGAAGCACCUUGUGCCUUCCUGUCGUUCCAUUAAUAAGUUGGUUUGUGAGGUCUGUGAGUUUAGUAAACACCGUAGAGUCACUUUUUUACCUAGGCUUGAGCGUCGUGCGUCGCGUCCUUUUCAGUUAGUUCAUUCAGACAUUUGGGGGCCUAUUCAUGUGCCUAGUGUUUCUGGUUUUCAGUAUUAUGUUAUUUUUGUGGAUGACUUUUCUCGUCUUACAUAUCUUUAUCUAAUGAAAGAGCGGUCUGAAUUGAAAUCUGUUUUUAAAACUUUUUACAUGGAAGUCAAAAAUCAGUUUGA